GGGAGAGAAGAAAAAAAGAAAAAGGGGAGAGAAACGGGAGAAAGGCAGAGAACUGGGUUGCAGUUUGACCAGGUCUGAGCGAGGAACCGGGAGCUGCGCCGUCGUUCGCGGAUUUGUGCUUUUUCCCCCCCUGAAAUCCCGGACGCUUACAGACGCCACCACGAGCGGAUACUUCUGGACUACUUUAACUGGACUGGGGAUUUUUUUUUAUCUGUGGAAUUUAAGCUUCAUUCAUGCCUCCGCAGAGUGGAUGUGAAAGAGUGGCCGCGAGCGAGCGAGCUGUUCCUCGGUGCGCGGGGUUACGGGGCUCUGACAGGCGGCGCUUUUAGCUCUGCGCUCGGCCGCUUCGCCCUAAACUGUCCCGGGAGCGCAGAAAAGCAGCGCGCCGAGUUCGCGUUUCUGCAGGGUCUGUCACGCAGCGGCCACAGCUGAAUGCAUUUUGAUUUCUGCGCGGCUUUCUCGUGCGCCUCGCGCCUCGUUUCCGCAGCCGCAGCCGCAGCUCUGUUUUAAAUGCGAGCCACCGCGGCGCCUUCCAAACUCAUGUUGUGGCGGUUCUGCCUCCAGCUCAGCUGCGCGUCGCCCGCACGGCGCUCGACAGCGACCGUGGAUGAGGCUCCGACGCGGGUCUAAAGCGCGGAGGUGCGAACAGGACUGAACGGGAAACGAAAGAGGCGAAGAAGACGACGAAGAAGCGAAAGGAGGAGGAGAAGAAACGGAAAGCGCGCCGAGAGGGGGCUCGAAGUUGUCGUAUGUUCAGGACGAAACGCUCAGGUCUCGUGCGGCGACUCUGGCGAAGCCGUUUGGUUCCGGAUAAAGACGGGGGCGACGGGGAUGGCAGGAGGGGGGGUGGCGGCGGAGGAGGAGGUGACGGUGAGGGGGGCUCGCGGGACGGCGGCGGCGGGGGACUGGCCGGCGAGCGGCGCGCGGACGACGUCGCCAAGACGGAGCCGGGAGCUUUGAGCGCGAGCGUGGACGGUGGUGGUUUUGGGGAAGCCGGGGACGGAGACUGCAGAGCCGUCACGUGCUGCUUGUUUAAAGAGCGUUCGAUUGGAGGAGGAGGAGAGUGGGACGGAGGAGACGGCGGGGAAAGGGACGCAGGUAGCGCGAGCCCCAGCUCGAGCUCGUGCCGCCUCGGCGAGGCCAAUAAGGCUCCCGAGCACGAGCUCAAGAGCGCUACGUACGCGCUGCUCAAGCGGCUGAAGGAGAAGACGUUGCACGCGCUGCUCGAGGCCGUGGAGUCCGGCGGCGGCGUGCCCAGCGAGUGCGUGCUGGUGGCGCGCGCCGAGCUGCGCGCGGCCGGUCACGGCGCGCCGCCGCCGCAGCUGCUGCUCUGCAGACUGUACCGCUGGGCAGACGUGCAGCACGCGGCGCAGCUCAAAGCGCUCUGCGAGUGCAAGAGCUUCGGUGCGCAGGACGGGCCACUGGUGUGCUGCAACCCGUACCAUUACAGCAGGCUCUGUGGGCCAGAGUCACCUCCUCCUCCAUACUCAAGGCUUUCCCCUAGCGACGAACACAAGCCACUGGAUCUGUCAGAUUCCACACUGUCUUACACUGAAACGGAGGCUGCCAGCUCACCAAACAUCACCCAAGGGGAAUUCUCAGACGCCAGCCUGUCGCCAGAUGCCCCCAAACAGAUGCACUGGUGCAGCGUGGCAUACUGGGAGCACCGCACGCGGGUGGGCCGCCUCUACCCAGUGUACGAGCCUUCUGUCAGCAUCUUCUACGACCUACCUCAAGGAACAGGCUUCUGCCUGGGCCAGCUGAGCGGCGAGCGGCGUAGUGGCACGGCCCAGCGCACACGCGGCAAGAUUGGCUACGGCCUGCUGCUCAGCAAGGAGCCUGAUGGCGUGUGGGCCUACAACCGCAGCCAGCACCCCAUCUUUGUCAACUCGCCCACUCUGGAGGCUGGGCCAGCCGCUCGUGGCCUGCUGGUGGUGCGCAAAGUCAUGCCCGGCUACUCCAUCAAAGUGUUCGACUACGAGCGCUCGGCGCUGCUGCUGCGACAGGGUGCGGAGCCAGCGCUACCGGACGGCCCGUACGACCCCAACAGUGUCCGCAUCAGCUUCGCCAAGGGCUGGGGCCCUUGCUACUCGCGCCAGUUCAUCACCUCCUGCCCAUGCUGGCUUGAAAUCCUCCUCAACAACCACAGAUAACACACACAAAUAAUGGACUUGGCCUUGGACUUGAGAGAUGCGCCAAGAGACUUUACGGACCCCCACAAACUAUCCCAAAUAUCAUCUACUUAGAUUUAAUAUAAAGUUUUAUAUAUUAUAUGAAAUAUAUAUUAUACUUGUAAAUACUGGAGUCAUUUUUACAAUGUAAUUAUUUAUGUAUGGUGCAAUGUGUACAUGGACAAGUGGAAAAAAAACGGGAAAUGCACUUUGGCUUAUAUAUAUUAUAUAUAUAAAUAUCUAUAAAGAUAAAGAAUCUUUCAAUACCAAUUUGAAAAAUUAUACAGCAAAAAUAGGAGGAGCCUGGUUUUGGUGUAUAGUUUUCAUAUAUUAUUAAUAUCCAGACAAAAAGCUAACACCAUUCACACAUUGAUAAUAAAGUAUUCGCAUUAUA